CUGAAACGUCAUUCGAGUAAACAAAGUCGAGUUUUCGAAUGUUUUGAUCCCUUGAAAGUCUAAAAAAACGCAAAAUUUUAGGAAAUUAUCUCAAAAUUAGCAGUUUUUAGCGUCGCAAAGGCCGAAUAAAAGGCAAAACUCGCAAAUGUAUGCGAAUCACCUGAGAGACACGAAGAUUUUCAAGGGCAUUGCAUGGAACUCGAUGACACGAAAUUAUUCAAGAAGCAAUGAAAACCAUUACGACGUCUUGAAUUUGAAGAAGGACUGCACCGACAAAGAGAUCCGCGAGUCAUUUGUGAAGCUCAGCAAGGAACAUCAUCCCGAUACGAAUGCCAGCAUCAAAGAUGGGUCUCAAUUUGCGAAAGUUAUGGAGGCGUACAAGGUUUUGGGAAAGACUGCGAGUCGACAGGCGUACGAUGAUAGCCUGAAAUUCAAUUAUGUGGAGCACAAUGGGCAGAUUUUUCGACCGCAUAAGCAUGGAUUUCACGAGCCGCAGACUGAUCAUGAUUGGACUCGAGGAGGGAGACGAUUUUCGAACAAAUAUGUGGUUUAUUUUUGCCUAAUUGGAGUUAGUAUUGGAGUAAUUGCACAAUAUUUCGCGAUCCGAUACGCGGCGGCCUACCAACGAAAAAAAGUGGAUGAAAAAAGUGCUAAAAUAAGCGCCCAAUACAGAGCAAUCAAAGCUGAAGCCGAAAAAUAUGGCACCAAGGUACAAUUGGAACGACUGUUACCGAAAAUUGACUGAUUGAGGAUUAAUGUACAAAAACCUUGUUAUUUUAUUAGAUGACGUUUAUUUAUUCUUUAAAAAAAAAAAGACAAAAAAUUA